AUGGUUGCCUCACAAGGCAAAGCCCAAGAAAAAGAUCCAAACCCACCCGAUCCAGACAAAAUAAGAAAUCUGAACCGUGAAUCUUCUUCUUCUUCAACCAAGUUUCGACAAGACACUGCUGAUCGUCUUCUUGCCGUCAUAGAGGUUCAAAAUUGGAUUAUUUCCUUGCAAAUGUCAUUGAUGGGAGAGGACGAGAUCAUGGAUGAAUGUGAGUAUGAGUAUGAGGAUAGUAUUUUUUAUGAUGAGAAGUAUCCUGAUGAUGAGUCAUACUUAGAUGAGUUGCAGCAGGAAGAAGAGUUGGGUGAUGAGUUAGACAGUGAGGAGAUUUUUGCAGAAUUGACAGAUUAUGAUUAUGAUGAUGCAUAUGAAUUGGAUUCAAUUGAGGAUUUAUUGAAACUUGACUUUUUAAGCAUUGGUGAGGUUGAAGUUGACAAGUUUCACUUUGGAACCCUAGCCAUUGCUUUUGAAUUUUACAACAGAUUUGCCAAGAGCCAAGGUUUCAGUGCAAGAAAAGACAAAAACUGCAAGAACUCAACCGACGAGACCUACAUGCAGAGAUUUGUGUAUUUUCGGCAAGGAUAUCGAUUAGAGAAGUGGUUAUUGCCAGCUCAUAGGAGUAUGUCCAAAGCCGAAAUUGCACUCAUGAACAAUAUGCGCAAGUCGGGGAUUAGCACAUCCCAGGUUUAUGCUUUGCUAGCAAGUCAAAGUGGUGGUUUUGACAAGUUGAACUAUGGCCCCAGAGACAUGUACAAUCAAAUAGCUAAGGCGAGGCGUGAGAUUCCAGAGGACGUGGGUAGAGCAUUAAAUUAUUUGGAGGGGAUGGCUGCAAACGAUAAAUCUUUAUACUACGAAGAGCUUCGGGCAACGGAUGGAAGGUUACUAAAUCUCUUUUGGUGUGAUGGUUUAUGUAGAGAGGACUAUAAAUUGUUUGGAGAUGUUGUUGCGUUUGAUGCUACGUACAAUAAGAAUAAAUAUAGGUGUCCUUUUGUUGUGUUCACAGGUGUCAACCAUCACAACCAAACUAUUGUCUUUGCUGCAUGCAUUGUAACAGAUGAGACGGAUGAGACUUAUAUAUGGGUGUUGCAACAGUUUUUGGAGGCAAUGAAUGGUAGAGUCCCAUCCUCUGUGAUAACUGAUGGGGCAAGGGCAAUGAAGAAUGCGAUUGAGAAAGGAUUAUAUAUUAGGAGAUUACGAGCAGUGUUCCGUAACAAGUGGCAAAUAUUGGUAGAGGAAUUUGGGGUUGAGGAAAAAGAAUGGCUAAAUGAAAUUUAUGAGAAACGUCGAUCAUGGGCAACAUGUUACAUCCGAGGGAAGUUCUUUGCUGGAUUUAGGACUACAUCACGCUGCGAGGGUUUGCAUUCAUUGAUUGGGAAGUACACUAAGCCUCAUUAUGACUUAUCCGAGUUUAUUGAGCACUUCCAACGAAUGUUGGGCCAUAUGCGUUUUAGGGAAUUUUAUGCUGAAUAUGAAUCUGCUCGUGGAGUUCCAGUUAUGCAAACUUGUAUUGAACCCCUUGAGAUGUGUGCUGCUGAUACUUACACAAGGGAGGUAUUCUUUUUAUUCAGGCCUAUUCUUGUUCGGUCGGGUGCAAUGAGAGUCGUGGAUUACCAAACAAGAGACAAUAGUAUAAUUUAUUAUGUUUGUAGGUAUGCCAAACCAACAAAGGUGUGGGAGGUUGAGUGUGUGGAUAAUGGUAACGCAAUCACUUGUUCAUGCAUGCGUAUGGAAUCAUUCGGUAUUUCCUGUGAACACAUUAUCUCUGUAUUGGUCCGUAGGGAUGUGCGCGAAAUUCCUAAAUGUCUAGUGUUGCAUAGAUGGACUAAGAAUGCAAAAGAAUCUAUGUCUGAGUCAAGUAGUUUUACAAGCGAAUUACAAGUUAGCAGUCGACUUUGUAUCCUCAAUGAGUGUGCUAGGAUGAUGUCAGAGGUUGCAUGUGCUACUACAGAGAGGUUCCAUGAAGCAAGGGAUCUUAUGCUUGAUCUUUAUAGCUCAUACAAAGCACUAGAUGAAGGGAACACGCCUUCGAAACCUAGACUGGGAGGUGGUACCAAUCCUAAAGGGCAUAGUGGUCGGAAAAAGCCCCAACGUUGCAGUAAUUGCAAGAAACCUGGUCAUAAUAAAACUUCUUGUUCAAAGCGCAAUGAAAAUGCUUUCAGUACACAAGGUAGCUCUACCCGUCAAACUGAUGCAAUUUAUGAUGAUGAAUGCAUGGAUGAUGUGGAAUACGAAACUCAAGAAUGGUGGUGA